AUUAUACCAAUGUAGAAUCUAUUAUUAAAAGACUUAUAAGUAAAAAAGAUCUUCAAAUAGAAAAUGAUCCUGAACCUGAGGAAUUACAAAUGGAAUUUAAUCUCCAAGCCAAGAUUGAGUUUAAUACAGCACUUCAAGA